AUGUCUACGAAAGAAAUUCGCCCCACAGAAUCGUUUGCCAAAAUCAUCAAGGCUUUUCGCUUUAUGUCCGGAUUGGUCGGUGCUGAUGUCUCCAAUGUGAAUUACAAGGUCAACAUCGUUACCAUCAUUGUGAUACUGUGCAUCAGCAUUUAUUUCAUUUUCACCGUCACCACUGUGGCCAGCGUAUUUUCAGAGAACUGGACAUACUUGUUGGAAGCAUCUUGCAUGGUCGGCAGCGUUUUGCAGGGCAUCACCAAACUUAUUUCGGCUAUUGUAUUCGCCAAGGAUAUUGCAGCAAUGCGCUUGGAGCUAGAGAGUCUCUAUAGCGAAUAUGAAACGAAGGGCGAGGCCUACUGCAGGGCGUUGAACGAGUGUUGCCAGCGUGUAUGGCAGGUUAUGAAAAUGGUCGGGCAUAUCUAUGCUGCUGCGGCAUUUGGAAUUCUAAUUUUGACUGCAAUUUUGGUUCUCGCUACCGAACGGCAAGUCUAUGUAAUGCACUUUUUCAUCCCAGGAUUGGAUGUCGAGACUCGGUUUGGUUAUUUGGCUACAAUGGCGGUGCAUACAGUGGUUUUUCUAGCUGGCGCUUUUGGACUCUUUGCUGGCGAUUUAUUCUUUUUGCUCUUUUUGGGUCAACCAAGUUUGCUUCUUGAUCUAUUGGUGUUGAAAGUAAGGGCGCUAAAUGAGAUAUCUAACAAAAAGGAUAGAAAAUCGGAACGACUAUUAAUCGAUAUUAUUGAAUGGCAUCAAUAUUAUACAGACUACAAUGAGCGCUGCAACCGCUUAUUUUAUUACAUAAUCACUAUGCAAAUUGUCACAUCGGGCAUCUCAAUUAUUUGUACUCUCUAUAUUAUUCUUAUGGGCGACUGGCCAGGCGCUUACCUGUACAUUGUAAUCGCCUUUAGCGGACUUUAUCUAUAUUGUAUUAUUGGCACCAAAAUCGAAACGUGCAAUCAAGCAUUUUGCGAAGAGCUUUACAAUAUUAAUUGGUAUGAUUUGGAGGUAAAAAGCCAGAAAAUGGUUAUAUUAAUUUUGAAGAAGUCACAAAAUCCCAGCGAAAUUAAAGUUGGCGGUUUCUUGCCGCUUUCAGUACAAACUGCACUUUCGAUAACAAAAACAAUUUAUGGCAUUUUUACUAUGAUGUUACGACUUCUGGAUGAGAGCCACUGA